UGUGCGGUGGGCAAACAAGAUCGAUACCACGCAUUAUGGAGCGACAUCGGCCGUUCUACUGGUAUAAUAAUGUAUCGUCAGACACAGCCACCACACCGGAGUUAGUCCAACUUCACGAAGAUUCAAGAACACAAAAUUUAGAGAAAGAGAUACAACAGUUAAAGGAGAGACAAGGCGUGUUGGAAAAACGUCUAGCUUUGAAAGAAGAAGAUUGCCAAAGACUGAAAUCUGAAAAGGAAAAGAUGGAAAGUAAAUUCAAAAAAGAUAAAAAAACGAUAACGAAUGUGUUAAAUGAUAAUCUCCAAAGGUUGAAACAAGAAGAGGAGUCCACAAAGAAAUGGAAAGACAAGGCUGAAUAUUGCUCGGAGAGCUUUGAGCAAACUCGUGACAGCUUUAACAUGUACCUCAAGAAGCAGGCUGCAGAAGAACAGGAAUUAAUUAACAGUUUGUCGAAAAGAGACGAGGAGUUACGAGUUCUCCGGGAACAAUUAAGAGACAAGACAGUGAGAUUGGCGAUAAGUUUUGAAAAGCGACUGAAGCAAGAUCAACGACGAGUCGAAAAUACUGUGGAAUCAAAUACACCCAGUGAUAUAGAAAAAGACUUCGGCGACUUUUUCGAUGGAGAGAGGCUUGACGCUUGUGACGACAUCGAGUUCGUGUUGGGCCCAUCCGGAGAAAUCGAAGAUAAUGUUUAUUAUCCAAGAUUGGCUUGCUUGAUAUUUGAGACUGCUUACGAACAGGUGAAAGAGGCAAGGGAUGCCGCUUGUGAUUUGUUCCAAAACGUUACCAGCCAACUAAUUGGGGAAGCUCCAAGAAUGUGCCAGGAAUUAUGCCACGCAAGAAAGGAGAAUGGUGCUUCUGCUCAGUUACCAGAAACAUUUGAUCUUUUAACGGGGAGGAUGGAUGAAGGAAUAUCAACGGAUGUACUUGAUGGAAUGAUGCUUUCCUUGAAAGAAACGUCACACUUGGGUAACCUCGACUGCUUCCAAAAGGAUGUCAGGAAGAUUGUGUGGGAACGUUGGACAAAUUGCAUGUCCGAAAGGGAAGAAUCAUUCUUACCCAGGCCUUCAGAGGAUGUGUUGACACAACUCGGUGACUACAUAAAGGCAUGCAUCAGGCUAACAUGGAGAAUGGUUACACAAGUUCCACCAAUGCAGCUUGAGUAUGGGGCUGUGCAAUUUGACAAAGAUUUGCAUAAACUGGCGAGAUUCCAGAAUCGUGCAGAAUUCUGCCGUGGCGCAGAUCAUCUUACUGGGCAGAUUAUUGCCUGUUACUUGUGGCCUGCACUUUUAGAAUCAGGUGGUCGAACUAUUUUUCUAGGAGAGGUUAUGUGUGAGCCUGAAUCGUAUGAUUAUGUUAUGAUUCCUGAUCUUCGAUACCCUGAAUUAGAUUCAUAAACUCCCCCACAAAAUCUUUCAGAGUGAGGUCACACUUUACAAAAUAAACAUUAUGGAUAUAAAAUAUCUGCAAAAUUAAAACAUUGCAAAAGGAGGCAUAUAAUUUAAUCGUUUGUCUAUCAUUCCAAGACUGUAUGAUAUCUUUACACCUCGCCGGUUGAAGAAGCAGCUCUCUAAUCAAACAAAAAUUAGCAAUAUAGAUUUGAGACCAGCGUCUUAAUUCGUCCUUUUUUUCGGUUCACAAAUAAGGGCUAGCCAUCGAAAUGGCUCAACUUCGGCGGCUCGGAGAAAUCUUUCAAGUAGACUGAGGAAAUGUAAAUAGGGAGUCAUUUUAUAACUUUUCGGUUUCGGUUUUUUUUGGGAAAAUCCCCUUGUUUUUAAAUAUCUUGCAAAACAAAUGAAUGGAUGUUUCGUGGCACUCAAUUUUAAUGCUUUCAAAGCAAAUUUCUAUGUUGAGAUUUUCCUGCAAAUAAUGCCAAAUUUAUUCCUUCAUCGGGAUUAUGCAAGAAAUGUGUUUAACAA